UACGAAAGUAGAGAAUUUUAAUCCUUACUAAGGUGACCAUCUAUUUAUAUUCAUAUUUAGAAAAAUGUGCUGCUUAUUGCUGUUGCUUUUACUGCCAAUAGUAACUUCGAAACCGUGCGAGUAUUCCGAGUCAUAUCAAUAUUAUAUGUGCCAAAAUAAUUCUCUCUCUUGCCCUGGCAAUCAGAAAUGCACAUUCAUCGAACACUGCCCGGCGGUUGUAUCUCUAAUGGAACGAAACGAGCUCUCCGCUCACAGAUUACGGCAAGCUGUAUGUGGAUACGAUCAAACGCGCAUGAAAAUUUGCUGCAGCGUAGACAGUUAUUCCGAACGGCCAAUAUAUACGAAUCAGGAUGCAUAUCUGACGCAAUCCUCUUCGAGCUCUUAUUGUGGGAAGAGUCUUAUUCGAAAUAACAUAGACAGUUUAGGAUCGUAUCCUUUCGUCGCGAGGAUCGGUUUUACAAAUACAUUAACGAGUGAGAUCAAAUACUCGUGCAGUGGCGUGAUUGUUAAUGAGCGUACAGUAUUAACUACAGCUACAUGCGCACUCGCGAAAUCGGACAGAUACAAAUUAUGCUCUGUGCUUAUUGGUGAAUAUAAUACAGAGUCGAAUCCAGAUUGCAAUAAAUUAUUUUGCGCACACAAUACCAGUAGCCACGAUAUAUCGUAUGUGAUAAAACAUCCAGGCUAUGACGCCGCAACUUUUUCCAAUAACGUUGCCUUACUUCGUUUGAAGAAGGCUAUCAAUUUUACAGCCACAGCGCAACCAAUCUGCUUUAUACCAGAAGACAGAUACGUCAGCUUGGAAAGUACAUGCACCGUUGUUGGCUGGGGAAAAUUGUCCGAUCAAAAAGCACAACCACCGACGCAACAGUCAUUACAACUAAAACUCGUACCUAAGCAGCAAUGUUCAGAUUAUUCAAGCCACAGUCUGUCUGUUGAAUUAUGUGCCAAAGGAAAUUGUGAACCUUGUUCAGGUUACAGUGGAAGUCCUCUAUUAUAUAGAUAUGCAGACACAUAUUUCCUGGUAGGAAUCCUAUCAUAUGGGUCUAGUUGCGACUCAAGCACCAUUUUUCCAUCUGCGUUCAUAAAUGUACAGAAAUACACAAGAUGGAUUCUAGAGAAUUCUUAAAAUUGCAAAUGCAACCAUCUCAAAAUGGCACUUAAGAAC